AACAACUUCAAGGUAAACAACAAUAAACACGAUAUUUUUUUUUUGUACAUUACUUUUGGAAACAUGUAAAUAUUGUUUCUAUUUUUAAUAAAAAGUGCAAUAAUUAAAUAAAUUCUCCACACAAAACUAAAAAUGAAUGAAGAAUUUUGUAAAGUAACACGCAAAAAAUGGAUAGCACAUCGUGGUUUGCAGCGUAGAACAAGACGAAUAUCAGAUAAAAGUUAUGACAAAGAUUGUCCCGAUGUGGAUGUGGACAAAUUUGUAAAGAAAUUAGAAGCCACCUGCCAACAAAUGCAAGACAGUGAUUACUUUGCGCAGUCAUUAGCUACUUUAAAGGAAAGUUUAUGUAAACUACAAACUGAUAACAAACCAGAAACCCUCAAACGCUUAGUGUGUUUUGGCAUUGGACCUUUUACCCGCAACUUUCAAGCUCUACAUCAGCUAGCCUUUAUACUGUCCCUACAAAAGGAAUAUCAAAUAACAGAAGCUUUUUAUUUUGAUCCCAUAUUUCGUCAAAGUGAAAAGGAAGUUUUAGAAAAAUUCAAUUGUUUAGUGAUGAGUGAAAAUUGUGAAGCCAAAUAUGAGGCCGACAUACAGACCCUAUUCUAUAUGCCACACUGCCCCAAUUGUUUGACCAACAACCUGCUGUGGAAAAAUUGGCAGGGCAAAUAUUUGAAGAAUAUUAUUUUAAUCAAUAAUAGUUUUGAGAGCUUAGCAUGCAGCAAACCCGAAAGAUUAUUACGUUUAGAUUCUUCUUAUAUUUUAGAUAUAAUGCCUUACGCCCAAGAACUACCUUUAGAGGAUGAUUAUGAGGUACAUAAUGUAUUUAAUGAUCUAUCGAUACAUAUUUUUCCCGAGAGCGAUUUACCGGAAAAAACAGCGGAAUUUUGGGUGGAAAAGGAGGCUCCUACGUACAAUGAUGUAGAAAUGAUAUCUGCUGCAGAUUUUGCCAAAUUAAGUUUAGAAUAAGUUUUAAGAGUUUUUGUUACAUAAAUAAAAAUAGUAGACAA